UUCUAUCAGACUCUGGCCCUCUCAACUAUUCAAGAGAACGGAACGAAUGGCACGUGGAUCAACCAGGUUAAUGAAAUUUUCCCGGAUGUUGAAUGUUGUUUAAAUUGUAUUCGUAAUGGAUAGAACGAAGCAAGAAACGCAUCGGCCAGGUGCGCUUAAACAAACUAAUAAACAACACAAGACCGGCAGGCAUCGUAGCAAAAGUGCUAUUAAUAAUGAGCAGAAAGGUAAACAAAAUAUUACCAAGGUAUGGAAACAUCUGAGAAAGAAUUUAGGGAAGGAUGCACGUAGACACCAGUUGUCGCAAAUAAGAAGAAAAAGACGCGAGGAAAUAUUAAUUCAGAAAAGAAAUCUUAGUGGAUUUAAUUCUGUACCUCAUCUUAUCUCGAUCAUACCAUUGCGAAGUGAUACAGAUGUCCAAGAUAUAAUAUCCAUUAUAAAAAGUAUAGAUGAAACUGCUAAUAUUGCUACUAGUCCAAGUGGAGUCAUACAUAUAGGCAUACCAAGGUUCAAGCAGCGAUUUUCCAUUAUUGUACCACUGGUGAGUAAUGUUCUUGCUACUUUGGAUUCAGCCAAAGUGGCUAAUACAAUACUCUUUGUAAACUCUGUCAAGAGUGAGAUAGACCAUACAAAGAAGGAAGUUAUAGACGAUUGGGGCAAGGAAAUUAUUGUAUCUUGCCUUGCUCAAGGCUUACCUGCUACUAUUGUUGCAGUACAUAAUAUUCAAAAACUUCACGUUAAAAAACGUCAAGAAUACAAACAAUCUGUGCAAAGUACGGUCUCGAAAUGGAUUCCCGAAGAAAAGAUAUUUGAGCUUAAUACCGCGGCUGAUUGCUUAAACAUAUUACGUCGAGCUGCAUCGCAGAAACAAAGAAGUGUAGUUUACAGAGAUAAAAGACCACACCUUCUAGCUGAGAAAUUCUCCUUUAAAAAUAAUGGAGGCUCUUCUGAUUUCGGGACUCUCUCGAUUACUGGACACUUACGGGGUUCAUACCUUUCGGUUAAUAAUUUGAUUCAUAUACCGGGUUUUGGAGAUUUUCAGAUGUCGCAUAUCGAAGCAUCAGACGAUCCGUAUCCAAUUGAACGCAAAAACCGUUCUGAAGCCGAGAUGGAUGAUGAAACAUCUACACGUAUUCUACAAAUUGCAGAUAUUGAAGACCAGGAAUCUCUUGAAAGUGAAAAUAUUCCUGAUUCAAUGGACGCUGAACAGACGUGGCCUACGGAAGAAGAAUUGGUUGAAGCAGCAGCUAAAAUGAAGAAAAAGAUUGUAAAAAUUGUGCCAAAGGGCACUUCCGAAUACCAAGCUGCCUGGAUACCGGAUGAGGAUGCAGAUAUUCUCAGCACUGAUUCCGAAGACUAUAUGUCUAUGGAAGAGGUAAGGUCUGUAGACAGCGAUAAAAAUCUAGAAGAUGAUGAAGAAUACGAAACUAUUACGAUAUCGGAAGCACCUUUGGAUGAGGAACAUUACGAUCAAGAUAUUGAUAUGCUCGAAGAGAAGCAAGCUAUGGAAAAGUUGAAAGAAGCAAAGCUGGAUGCGCAAUUUCCCGAUGAAGUGGACACACCUCAAGAUAUAUUAGCUAAAACGAGAUUUCAGAAGUAUCGUGGUCUCGAGUCAUUUCGUACUAGUCCGUGGGAUCCGAAGGAAAAUCUCCCCGUAGAUUACGCUCGGAUAUUUCAAUUUAAAAAUUUUGAUCGCACACGGAAACGUAUUUACAAAGAACGCGAGGAUGAAGGAGGAAUUCAGCCGGGCUCGUAUCUAACAAUUCAUAUUCUUCGCGUUAGUAGUGAAACUUUUAAGGCAUUUGCCAUGACGGAGAAUCAACCAUUGGUGGUGUUCGGUUUAUUACCGUAUGAAAAGAAAAUGUCUCUUCUGAAUAUAGUGUUGAAACAUUCAAAUAAUGACGUGCAAUCGAUCAAGUCGAAGGAUAGAUUAGUUUUUCAGUGCGGAUUUAGGAGAUUUGCGGCGUGUCCAAUAUUUAGCCAACAUACGAACGGCACUAAGCAUAAAUAUGAGAGAUACUUCCAUCCUGAUAGUACCAUUGUAGCGAGUAUGUACGCACCAAUUAUAUUUCCACCAUGUCCAACUCUUUGUUAUAUUGAAGAUAAAAACGGCAAGCUCGAGUUAAUUGCAACUGGAAGUGUGCUGUCCUGUAAUCCCGACAGAAUUGUCGUGAAACGAGCUGUUCUAAGUGGUCAUCCGUAUAAGGUGAACAAGAAAUCAGCAGUUGUGCGUUUCAUGUUCUUUUAUCGCGAGGAUAUCGAAUGGUUCAAGCCUGUCGAAUUGAGGACGAAAUAUGGACGUAGGGGACAUAUAAAGGAAUCUCUUGGUACACACGGCCAUAUGAAGUGUGUGUUUAAUGGACAACUAAAAUCGCAAGAUACAAUUCUGAUGAAUCUGUAUAAGCGAGUAUUUCCAAAGUGGACUUAUGAACCAUUGUUUUUAACACAACCAUCGUGUCAGCCGGAAAUCAUGCAUGUGGAAUAAUUGUUAUUAUGAUUAAAAUACAAUAUUAAGAUUGGACGGCCUUCAUUUCUUGGAACAGGAGGAGUAAUUCCAUAUAUCACAUAAUAUAUCGGAAGAUAGUCCGGAAAUACUUGGUGAAAAAAUGUCACAAAGGAGGGGGGAGGUAAAAAGAUUCAAAUUUCGCAUGAUAUAAUUGUUAAAUGGUAGCCCCUUUUCAAGCAUGGCAUUCCUUUCAAAAUCAUGGAUAAAGGCGGGGAAUACGUGUUUCGCGUCAUGAAAGAAUUGGUAUUUGCAGUAUUUCUGGACGUCACUUUAUUGUACAUACAUAACCAAAAGACCUUUGUACAAAACACUUUUGUGUAUCUCCGUUACUUUUCGAUUUACCAUCGAGAACGUGAACAGCGCGAAGUAAUGUCUCACCCUCUAGUCCGAAAUCGGAUAGAUUGAAAGAAAUGCUUAUCUCUCUUAUCCUUACGAUAUUAUCCUACACAAGACAAACCAACUUUCGUUUAAAAUCAAAGAGAAAUUCCACACGGGGGGGGGGGGGGUUUCUCUUUCCCUUUUUUACAAGUAUAUGAAGUAUGUCGCCACUUAGGAUAGCAGGAGAACGCACUAAGUCGCGCCCAAUCUCGCCGAUUCGGUCGAAAACCGGAUACAAAACGCAUGACGCAUAAAAUAAUGAUUAAUAGUGUAUCGAUUACUUGUUGCUUCCACAAUUUCAACGAUGCCAUCCUUCGGCAUCGCGAAAAUUAUUAUUAACCCUAUCAUGCAUCGUGUUUAUUGCGGUAAAUAUCUACUUUUGGUCUCUCUUAUAGCCCUACAAUAAAUGUCUCAAGCUCACAUCAGUGAACGUCAUAUAUCUUCUAUAAUUCUGUGUUAAUUAUAAAAGAUUUAAUCAUAAUUUUAUUGUAUAAUCGUAAGAUGGCUUACUAAGUAAGAUCUCGUUUAUGUUUCUGGUCGUAACUUAACGUAAGAUCAGGAUGUUCCUUCCUUUUUGUUUUUUGCAUUAAAAUUCGCGCAUGAAAGGGUUCAUAAUACGAUUCUGCGCUUUCGUCAGUGAAUCGCGACCGAUCAAGCUCGGAGGCGCGCGCGUGAAAGAAAGCUGCGUGUCGCUUAAACUAAAUCGUGGGUGAAAUUGCGCGUGUGUGGGUGAGUGUAUCUGUCUGGUGCUUAUAUACUUACCUAAAAGUUCUAUUAUCGCGAUCGAGCAGGGGAGGGGAGACAGGAUCAAUCGCUCACUUUGCGAAGAAUUUGUGCAAAACACACCCGUCUCGUUCUUGGACGACUGAUCGGAAAAUUAUGUACACGUCAUUGUACUCGCCAUUAUGUGAGAAGAAACGAGUGAGUGAACGGGAGAAAAAAGUCGCGUAAAAUAAAAACAGUGUGCGAGGGANGAGAGAGAGAGAGAGAGAGAGAGAGAGAGAGAGAGCAUGAUAAUGAUCGCUUAUAGUGCUACACAUAUACCACGGCCGAUAUAUGUCAACGAAUAUAUAUACAUCGUACAGUUAGUUUAUUUGAUUACUUUUAGUAAACCAGCAUCCGAAGCGCUUACAUCUAAUAAGAACUAAUGUUAAGACACUUAAUCGUUACACGAGCUCGAAAACCGCUUCCACUGUCGUACGUUACAACGUAAACAUCUCCGAAUUUCGUUCUUUUUCUCACGUGUGCAAAAUCGCAUCAUCGCGAACGCGCGCAGCGUUUCAACAACGUUGAGUUUUUCUUCCGCCGUGUUCUUAACUGAAUCCUGUGGAAUCCGUCGGAAUUACGCAAGCUUCGACAAACGAAAGUUGCGUCCCCGCGGAAACGAGGGAGAUCAGGCAAGGAUUCUUGUGAAAAAGCGAAUCGAUGUCGAAUCGCGAAGAGAAGAAAGACAGAACACGAUCCUCGCGCAACGCUCCGACGUUCGAACCGCGUUUCAUCCGGUUAUUUGAAAGAGAAAUUAAAGAAAGAAAUGAAAGGAGAGAUCAGGAUAUCUGUUAUGGAGAUGCUCGGAAAGAUUUCCGACCGUUCAGUUAUUCUGUAUAUUUCUAUUGCGUUUUCUAGGGAAAUAACCGAACGAUUCGGAAAUAUUUCCGAACAGUUCCGUAUAAGUGGUCAGGACGAGGAAUGCGAAAGCGGCGUAAGCGAACGAUAAGCCCAUCUCUCAUGCGCAAGAGCAUGCCUUAUAACGCUGACAAUUACACGACAAUUGCAUUUACUGAUUGCACGUGGUUGACGCGCGUCUUGUGAACGAACGCAACACUGUAUAGGCGAACGAAAUGAAAAGGAACGAAAUCGAAUAGUAAGCAAACAAUGGUUCUCUCUGUGUGUAUGUGUGUCGCGCGCGUCAUAUAGAAUUCUUCAUUAAAUUGAUGCCUCGUAUAUUUUAAAUCAUCGCGAGAGAA